AUGAGAGGAUCAGGCCCAAGCCAACAUGGCUUCAAGAAAGGCAGGUCCUGCCUGACCAACCCAAUCUCUUUCUAUGACAGGGUGACCCACCUAGAGGAUGAGGGAAAGGUUGUGGAUGUUAUCUACCUGGACUUUAGUAAACCCUUUGAUACUGUCUCCUACAGCAUCCUCCUAAAUAACCUGGCAACUCAUGGCUUGGACAGGUGUACCCUUCGCUGGGUAAAACCUGGCUGGAUGGCCAAGCCCAGAGUUGUGGUGAACGGAGUUGGCGACCAGUCACGAGUGGUGUUUGCCAGGGCUGUUUUGGGGCCAGUCUUGAUUAAUAUCUUUAUCAAUGAUCUGGAUGAAGGGAUCAAGUGUACCCUCAGAAGGAUCAUUGGCAGAUUGGAAGCUAAGGCCCACUCCAGGCCCUGCAUGGCUCAUUUCUUAAUUCAAAAUGUGUCAGAUGAAUGAUGUGGAGCAUUCCUGUUUCACCAGGAUGCAGUGCUCUCAGCAGCUCAUUGUGUGGCUCAAAAAACGAAAGUGAAUAUCACUGUCCCUCUGAGAGCCCACAACAUAAAUAAGAAAGAGCCGAGCCAGCAGGCAUUCCACAUUGGCCACUGGGUCAUCCAUCCCAGCUCUUCAGGAGAUACCCUUGUAAAUGACAUCAUGCUGCUGAAGCUGCAGCCCAAUGCCAAGUUGAAUAAGAAAGUGAGUUUUAUCACCUUGCCCUAUCACAAUGAGGAUGUGCUACCAGGAACUAUGUGCAAAGUGACUGGCUGGGGUGAAACAUCAAUAACAGGGAAAACAACUAAUGUGCUGAUGGAGAUGGACCUGAAGGUAGCGCGUGAGGAAAUGUGUGAGAUGCCUUUGAAACACUAUCAACCUGUGCCCAUGAUCUGUGCUGGUGAUGAGAAUGGCAAAAAAUCGAUUUUCCGUGGUGAUUCUGGUGACCCAUUAGUCUGCAGUGAAGGCAUUGUUUCUUAUGGACACAAAUGUUGCAUCUUCCCUGAAGCAUUCUCAGGAAUCUUGUCUUGGAUGCGUGAAGAGCUGAGGAAGUUUGUCCUCCAAGACCUCCCUGUCUCUCCCUCCUCUGACUAA